AAUAAAUUCACGACUUUCGUUUGGUCAAAAUCCUCCAAGAAAAAGACGCCAACCAGAAUCUCCAAACGUCAACGACAAAAGAACAAGUUCCUCUGCUUCUUUAGAUAAUCCAAAGAUUUAUCGACGAUUUGACAAACCCAGCAAAACAGUCUAAAAUCUGGAAACACAAAACGGAAGAUCUCUCUUCUUUUUGAAUAUUCAUGGAACAGCUAAUCAACUUUAUCAUUCGACCACCAAGAGCUGAGUAUAACCCGAAGAAUGAUUUGCUUGAUCCAGAGUUCAUGCUUAAAGGAAAAUGGUAUCAACGGAAAGAUUUGGAGGUUAUAAAUAGCAAAGGAGAUGUUCUUCAGUGUAGUCAUUACAUGCCAAAUGUUCUCCCUGAAGGAAAGCCUCUGCCUUGUGUUAUAUACUGCCAUGGCAACAGUGGGAGUCGUGCAGAUGCUAGUGAAGCAGCUAUAAUAUUAUUGCCAUCAAAUAUUACAGUUUUCACCCUCGACUUUUCUGGAUCUGGACUCUCUGAAGGAGAGCAUGUCAGUCUAGGGUGGUAUGAAAAGCAAGAUUUGAAAGCUGUGGUAGAUCAUUUGAGGGGUGAUGGAAAUGUUUCAUUGAUAGGCCUUUGGGGUCGAUCUAUGGGUGCUGUGACUAGCCUCAUGUAUGGAUCUGAGGACCCUUCAAUUGCAGGAAUGGUUCUUGAUAGUCCUUUUUCUGAUUUAGUUGAUUUAAUGAUGGAACUUGUGGAUACCUACAAAUAUCGUCUCCCCAAGUUUACUAUUAAGUUUGCUAUCCAGUACAUGCGGAAGGCUAUUCUAAAAAAGGCAAAAUUUGACAUUGUGGAGUUGAACACCAUAAAGGUUGCCAAGUCUUCCUUUGUUCCGGUUCUUUUUGGUCAUGCAGUUGAUGAUGACUUUAUACAACCACAUCACUCCGAUCGUAUUUAUGAGGCUUACAUGGGUGACAAAAAUAUCAUCAAAUUUGAGGGUGAUCAUAACUCUCCACGUCCUCAAUUCUAUUUUGAUUCUAUUAACAUAUUUUUCCACAAUGUCUUGCAACCUCCGGAAGAUGAAGUUAGGAGAAGCUUGAUUGACACGUCACUAAGUUACUUAGACAAAGAAUUCGACAUGAGUGAGGAUGAGGACAAUCUUAUAUUUGCACCUCAAGCAUCAAGUAGCACCGAAGAAGUCAUUGAUCAAGUUCGUCAUAAAAGACCAAUGAGCAAGAUAGAGGUGCCUUGUGAAAUGUCAUCAACAUAUAAACAAUGUAACGUAGAGGAAGAAGAAAGUACAAAGGGGCAUGUUUCAUCAUUGUCAAAAAUGAUUAAUUUUGAGUUUUGUAACGGAUCUUCUUACGAACACGAUGACCUCACGUCAAUAGAUGAUGAUGAAUAUGUUGAGUAUCCGCUUCAUAAUGUUGACGAUAUUCCAUGCAACAAAGAGGAAGAAGAAAGGAUGCUCAUGGAAGCUGUACUACUUUCUUUAAACCAAGAUGCAACGCCUUUAGGUGAUCAACAGCCUAUAGACCCAACGGCUUGUAGAAGUGAUGAGUCACCUUCUGAGGUCAAGUCUCGGUGCAAUGCCACAUCAUCACCAUCAAAUGCAACUGCGUCUGUGGAAGAUUCUGGAAGUAACAGUAGAACUUUUGCUGGUACUAAGGCCGCCAGCUCAUCUGAUGACAUGGCUGAUGGGAUAAAAGCCACAGUGACAGUUGUGAAAAGUCCGUCUAUUAGCAUAAUGGACAGUUUCUUACGUCGUUGGGAUUUAAACUUUUUCAAAACCAGAUAAUCAUAUGUUAUUAUUGAUUGAUUUUGUGGCUUUUGAUUUCAUACAUAUUGAAUAUUAGGUGUUAACUUUGGUUCUUUUAUGAUUGUAUUGAAACAAAAUAUCGUUUGUGUUUCUUGAGUCUAAUUUCUUGAUCUUAGAGGAUAUAACAUAGCAGAUUGUACUGUUUUUGGCGUACAUUGAACAGGAAAAUGAGACUAAUAAUGGUGUCCAG